GGAUCUUUACGGCGCCUAUAGAAGUGGGUGGAGCAAAGCUUAUAUAUAUCUCCUUGUCGAUCUCAUUCUCGACCACUCGAUUCAUUCACAUCCAAAAACAAAUGUCCUCCUUGCACAUGCUGAUGAGAACACGUUCGCCCAUGGCGCUAAGCGCCGUAUGCAGACAGUUUUCUGUCGUCAGCCAGACGAGGCCAGACGCGACAUCUUUCACACUCAAUAGUACCGUUGAAUCGUCAUGUUGUCAAAGAACAUCAACAGCAGUACCAUCGACUAUUCAGGCGUUAUACUACAGGACGCUAAACACAUCUCUCCGGGAACAUUCGUCAACACGCUACUUUUCCACGUCGAUAUCAACAGCAAAGUCUUCGCCUUCCAACUCUUCGUCAUCAGAUCCACCACAGUUGACACACACGGAUCCGAAAACCGGCAAGGCCUCGAUGGUCUCGGUGGCGGAUAAACCUUCGACCCACAGGACGGCGCUCGCAGUGUCCUCGAUCUGGCUACCAGGGAUCGCCUUUGAUCUGCUCAAAAGGAACGCGCACAAGAAGGGGGAUGUCCUCACAGUUGCACAGAUUGCGGGGAUCCAGGCCGCCAAGCAGACCUCGAACCUGAUCCCGUUGUGUCACCCCCUGUUGCUGACACAUAUAUCAGUGCAGCUCAAGCUGGUGGAAGAUUCCGAGGAACCGAAGACCAAUAGUAGCGCUGAUCAGCAGCAACAACAGCAGGGUGACUCGAGCCCAUUGAAAGGAGGCCGAGUCGAGAUCGAAAGCCGGGUGGCGUGCAUGGGCAAUACGGGCGUGGAAAUGGAAGCGUUGACGGGCGCAACGGUCGCGGCCUUGACGGUGUUUGAUAUGUGUAAGGCUGUCGGAAAGGAUAUGGUGAUUGGUGAGAUCAAGGUGCUGGAGAAGACCGGUGGCAAGAGCGGCCAUUACAAACAUCAGCAGAAAGACUCUGAGCGCCGGAGCCAUGGUAUCUGAGUUCCAGGCACUUACAUAGUUCAGAACCCUUGCAGAAAGGGCGUAGCCCAAACCCUUAAGAAUUUUAGUUCAGUCACGAAUGCCAAAAAAUGUAAACACACA